GGGAACGUUGGCUGCAGGAAGGAAGCUCGGCUCCAGAAAGCUCCAUUCUGUCACCGAUGGAAUUCCUUUUUGAUGGGGACACGGCAGCGGAGGACCCAUGCUUUAGGACCCCGAAGACUUGAAGACUUGAAGACGUACUCAACUCAUAGGACUUGACAUGACCAGAAACUGAACAAUGCCUUUUCUCAGAAUUCGUGUCUUUAAGAAAUGUGCAUUUAUACUGGUACUGGUGCUGUUCGUAUAUAUUUGGUAUCAAUCUCAGACAGACUAGAUUUACACAUCGGGUAGAGAUAUCCCUUCUAAAGAUACACGAAGUAAAUUGGAAAUCAGGGUCCAUAAAACUCUCGUUGUUAAUGAUCAUGAAGUAUCAAAGAUCACAACACAUCCUACAAGGAAAAAAGGACAUGGUCAAUACAUAGCAGUGCCUAAGUUCAGUGACCGUCACGUCAGAAAAGGGAUUCAGUCUUAUCAAACCUAUAGGAUGAAAAUGAACAAACCUCUCGAUGGAAGAAGAUCUGAACGGCCCUUGGUGAACAAUAUAAGUGAAAGAGAGAGGGCGAUGGUCAGGCAAGAUAAUGAAACCCAGAAAACGAAAGCAAAGAAUUCCUUAAACAAGGUUUCCCCUCAAAUCAGAAAGGUAGAACAUAGACAAAUAAACCCCAAAGAGGUUAAACAAAUUCUUGCAAAUGUCCAAAACUGGUUUCAUGUAAGGCAUGAAUCGGAAAAAGAUGCAUUACUUAACAGACAUGAUUUUGUAUAUCAUCUGAACUCAAAGGUUUGCAAUGGUGACAUUAACAUAUUGAUAUUCGUACACUCAGCUCCUAAUAACAUUGAGAAAAGGAAUGAUAUACGUGACACAUGGGGAUCUGUACAGAGGCACGGAAAUUUAUCCAUUGCUACUGUGUUUAUGUGUGGAGAGACAACAGACCGUGCCCUGCAAGAACAACUAAUCAGAGAAUCUGGUACAUAUGGUGACAUAGUUCAAGGCAACUUUCUGGACUCGUACAGAAAUCUGACUUACAAACACGUGAUGGCUCUUUGCUGGAUCACGUCACAAUGCCAUGACGUUAGAACUGUUGUCAAGGUUGAUGACGAUGUUCUCAUCAAUAUUUUCAAGCUGGUCAGUUAUUCUGUUCAGAUUGGUCACUACCAUAAUAAUCUUUACUGUUCCGCCUUUCAGAGAGGGAAACCGAAGAGGGAUACUAGCGAUAAAUGGUACACCCCUGAAGAACAGUACCCAUUUGAGUUAUACCCUCCUUACUGCGAGGGUCUGGCCUACAUAACGUCUGUGGAUGAAGUUAAAGCGUUGUGUAAAGCGUCUGAAGACACGAAAUUCUAUUGGGUGGAUGAUACUUUCGUCACUGGUGUUCUUGCGCAGAAAGCAGGAUUGUCACUCAGUUCCUUUAAGAGACAUCACGAGUAUGUGAAAAAUGGGCGAGUUCACCAUACUUCAUUUCAGUCUGUGUUGUUUUUUCUAGAAUAUAAGAAUUGGACUUCUUUAUGGCAAAAAUUGGUGAAAAUAAAGAACAUGUUUUAA